GCGAUGCUACCGAUCGCUCCUCAGGACGAGUCCUGGGACCAAGAAAUGGAGGUGUUCGGCGGCGUCGCUUGCAGCGGCGAGAUGAAUGGUCUUAAAAUGGUUGAUGAGCCAAUGGAAGAAGGAAAAGCAGAUUCUUGCCAAGGCGAAGGAGUUGUUAAAGAAAUCCCUAUUACUCAUCACGUUAAGGAAGGAUAUGAGAAAGCAGACCCUGCACAGUUUGAGUUGCUCAAGGUUCUUGGUCAGGGAUCCUUUGGAAAGGUUUUUCUUGUUAGAAAGAAGACCGGCCCUGAUGCUGGCCAACUCUAUGCAAUGAAGGUGUUAAAAAAAGCUUCUUUAAAAGUUCGAGACAGAGUUCGGACAAAGAUGGAGAGGGAUAUUUUGGUAGAAGUAAAUCACCCAUUUAUUGUCAAAUUGCACUAUGCCUUUCAGACUGAAGGAAAGCUGUAUUUAAUUUUGGAUUUUCUCAGGGGAGGAGAUGUAUUCACAAGAUUAUCCAAAGAGGUUCUAUUUACAGAGGAAGAUGUGAAAUUCUACCUCGCAGAACUAGCCCUUGCUUUGGAUCAUCUGCACCAAUUAGGAAUUGUGUAUAGAGACUUGAAGCCAGAAAACAUUUUGCUUGAUGAAAUAGGACAUAUCAAGUUAACAGAUUUUGGACUCAGCAAAGAAUCGGUAGAUCAAGAAAAGAAGGCCUACUCAUUUUGUGGUACAGUGGAGUAUAUGGCUCCUGAAGUAGUAAAUAGGAGAGGACAUUCUCAGAGUGCUGAUUGGUGGUCAUAUGGUGUACUUAUGUUUGAAAUGCUUACUGGUACACUACCAUUUCAAGGUAAAGACAGAAAUGAGACCAUGAAUAUGAUAUUAAAAGCAAAACUUGGAAUGCCUCAGUUUCUUAGUGCUGAAGCACAAAGUCUUCUAAGGAUGUUAUUCAAAAGGAAUCCAGCAAAUAGAUUGGGUUCAGAAGGAGUUGAGGAAAUCAAAGGACAUCUUUUUUUUGCAAAUAUUGACUGGAAUAAAUUAUAUAAAAAAGAAGUUCAACCUCCUUUCAAACCUGCUUCUGGAAAACCAGAUGAUACUUUUUGUUUUGAUCCUGAAUUUACUGCAAAAACACCUAAAGAUUCUCCUGGUUUGCCGGCCAGUGCUAAUGCUCAUCAACUCUUCAAAGGAUUCAGCUUUGUUGCAACUUCGAUUGCAGAAGAAUAUAAAAUCACUCCUAUCACAGGUUCAAAUGUAUUACCAAUUAUCCAGAUAAAUGGAAAUGCUGCACAAUUUGGUGAAGCAUAUGAAUUGAAAGAGGACAUUGGUGUUGGCUCCUAUUCUGUUUGUAAGCGAUGCAUACAUACAGCUACCAACAUGGAAUUAGCAGUGAAGAUCAUUGACAAAAGUAAGAGAGACCCCUCAGAAGAAAUUGAAAUUUUGAUGCGCUAUGGACAACACCCCAACAUUAUCACUCUAAAGGAUGUUUAUGAUGAUGGUAGAUAUGUUUAUCUUGUUACGGAUUUGAUGAAAGGAGGAGAGCUACUUGACCGUAUUCUCAAACAAAAGUGUUUCUCAGAACGGGAAGCUAGUGAUGUACUGUUUGUAAUAACUAAGACAGUUGACUAUCUUCAUUGUCAAGGAAUUGUUCAUCGUGAUCUUAAACCUAGUAAUAUUUUAUACAUGGAUGAAUCAGCCAGUGCAGACUGCAUUAGGAUCUGUGAUUUUGGGUUUGCAAAACAACUUCGAGGCGAAAAUGGACUUCUCUUAACUCCGUGCUACACUGCAAACUUUGUAGCACCUGAGGUUCUUAUGCAACAGGGCUAUGAUGCUGCUUGUGAUAUUUGGAGCCUAGGAGUCCUUUUUUACACGAUGUUGGCUGGCUAUACUCCGUUUGCUAAUGGCCCCAAUGAUACUCCUGAAGAGAUACUGCUGCGUAUAGGCAAUGGAAAGUUCUCUUUGAGUGGUGGAAACUGGGACAAUAUUUCAGAUGGAGCAAAGGAUUUGCUUUCCCAUAUGCUACAUAUGGACCCACAUCAGCGGUACACGACAGAACAAGUAUUAAAGCACUCAUGGAUAACCCAGAGAGACCAGUUACCGAAUGAUCAGCCAAAUAGAAAUGACACAUCAUGUGUCUUUAAGGGAACAGUGGUUGCCACAUAUUCAGUCUUGACUCACAAGACCUUUCAACCAGUCCUAGAGCCUGUUGCUGCUUCAAGCUUAGCUCAGCGACGGAGUAUGAAAAAGCGAACAUCAACUGGCCUGUAAGAUUUCGUGUUCCUCAGCCAAACUGGAUGAAGAGAAAAUUAAAUGUGUGGCUUUUUGCCUGAUCUUAUAUCAAAGGCAUUGUUUUCUGCUACAUUACUUGAAUAUUCUGUUUAAGUCUCCUUAUUUAGGGGGAGUGAAAUUAAAAAUUAAACAUACACAGAUCCACAAUAUUCAUAAUAUGUUGUUUUGCGGUAGUGCCCAUGUAUUUAAGUACAUAAUUGGGGUCCACAAGGUCCUAACAACUUCUCCGCAUACUAACUUCUAAAGUUCCUUUCAAAUAAAGUUACUUUAAUAGUU